AUGGAAAAAAUGUAUAAUCUAAAUAAUUGUUAUUUGAAUCUGAAAAAAAACAGACAAGCUAAGUCAUAAGUAAAACAUUCAGAUGAUGAUCACAGAUUUGGUAUAAAGCAAAGGCAUGAAACAUUAUCAGAUUGGAUGUCAAAAAAAACAAUCGAAUCAGAUAGAUUACCAAAACCAAGAGCAAAAUCUUAAUAUUGUACUCUCUCCAAAAUACAAAAACAACCUUUGACAUCUUUUUAUGAUUCAUAUAAGUAAGCAUUUCUUAAAUUCAAGCUGAAAGUAUUUAUAUUUUUUUCAUUAUAAGCCUAGAAUACUAAAUUCAAAUUAACCAUCAUAAUUUACUUCAAAUGCGUUUGGCAAAAUUACCGAUUCAUCUUAUAUUUCAAAAUCUAUUGAUUAUGCUGAUCUGUAAACUAAAUCAAGCAAAUCAAAUAAAAAGAGACCAAUAAUUUUAAGAAAUAAUCAAUAAUUUCAAACAAUCAUUGAAAGAAUGAAACAAGUUUUAGAAUUUAAGAAAAAAAAAGAAAAAAAACUGCUCCAAUAGAUUGCAAUUCUAUAAUCAGAAAUAAUUACUUUAAAGUAGUAGCAAUAUUGA